AUGCUGUCGUCUAUUUUAAACCUCGAGGCGCUUGCGGCGUAUGAUCUUACACAUGUGCAAUACUCUAUAGCUGAUCCAUGGGGCCCGACAUGGGCACUGAUUACGCUUAUGCCAGUCUUUAUGCUUGCCGUGUACUUUGGCGUCCUUCUGCAGCGGCGCGAGCUUACGUAUGCCAACGCGCUCGUUGGGCAAUUUGCGUGUGAGUUCGUAAACAGCAAGCUCAAGAGGAGCAUUCGGCAGGCGCGCCCGACGCCGUUUCUGGGCCAAGGAUAUGGAAUGCCUUCGUCGCAUGCACAGUUUUGCGGCUUUUUUUUUGCUUUCUGGGUCCUUCAUUACCUGCAUCACCCGCCCUUGCCUCUACCGGGACGUUCGCGUCCAAUGUGGUGCCGCUACAUGGAUUUUGCAGCAAUGUUGAGCAUAAUAGUGAUUAUCACGGGCUUGACGUGCUACUCCCGCGUCUACCUCAUGUACCAUACGCUCGAGCAAGUGUAUGUGGGGUGCUCUAUUGGCAUUGCUAUGGGUGCCAUGUACUAUAUGUUAACGGAACGCAUGCCACGCCGUGCAAAGCAUGACUCACUUUUAAUGCAUUUCCGCAAGUUUUUGUAUACAAAUUAUUUUGCGCGCAUGCUUUGUUUGCGCGAUAGCUGGACGGUCUAUCCCGAUGGUCCUAUUGAGAUUGAGUAUUCGCAAUGGCUCACAAAUUUCCAGGCAUGGACAAAGCCCCCGGCGUGCACUGCACUGCAAGGAUCGGCGAAUGCGCACCUGAGUCUUAUGCUUGAUGCGCUCGCGCAGGCAGAUCUGUGCAUUGCCGUACCCACCGCAUUUUCUGUUGGAUGCGUGAUUGCCGCUGAUGCUGCACAGAUGCGUAAUCCAUCCAUGGAUCUCGACGUAAUUGAAGCACUAGCGCCAUAUUCUUUGUUUACUGGAUACUCGCGCGAGCUGCCAGGUAAUACACACGCAGAGGAAUGUGCACUUGAAAAACUUGCGCGCUACGCUGCGAGCACACCCGACGCACAGAGCAAACUCGCGCGCGAGAAAAGCUCUAAGCGCACGCCGUUGUCACUCUUUAUGUACACCACCAUGGAACCGUGCUCGGAGCGUUUGAGUGGAAAUGCUCCCUGCGUCGAUCGGAUUGUGCGCUUUAACGAGGCACGUCAUGUCACAUCUGCUGCUUGGCUUGCCAAAGGCACUGGUUUGGAGAAUUCUUCGUGUGGUGCAUUGAAGCCAUCUAUGUGCGAUGGCAGUUUGCGCCCCAUCACCGUUGUUCUCGUUGUCCAGGGUGUAAGGGAGCCGCAAGAUUUUGUCCAGUGCCAGGGUCAGCGUGUUUUGCGCGGCAAUGGCGUCGAUGUAAUUUCUGCAACACCGCGUGCAUUGCCGGCUACGCUCGGACUCAAAUUGCCGCCGCUCACAUCGAUCAGCAUGCGUGUGAGCGAAGGGAUCAAUUGGCUUGAGGAUGCAUGUCUGCGCAUGGCCAAGAAAGGCCACAAAACAUAG